AGAAGAAGAAGAAGAAGUAGGGCAGGAUGGGUGCGCGUGUGGGGCGCCUGCUUUGGCGCUUUAAUGUGGAGAGUCGCGCGCACAAAGAAAUAAGCAAGAGCAAGCCGGAGCCCGCGCCAAGGCACGAGACGUUCAAACCAGGUCCUGUGGUCAGUGAGGAAAUCCACAGGAAGGACGACCCUCUGCUGUUUCGACUGAAGCAGCUUUAUGUGGAGUCUAAAGAUCCAGUGAAACAGACUGCAGUCGUUCCGGAACUGAAGAAAGUGGAGCGGCGGCCACUGAAGCACAGUUUUCCGGGAGAUCAUUUGGGAAUUGGUGAAAUUACGGACGUUCCUGUGGGAAAGAUCUCCAUCGUUGAGGCUCUGAAGGUUCUAAACGAUCAUAAACGCUCACCUCAAACGUGGACGCUGGAGAAGAUAGCGCAGGAUUACUCGCUGCAGCUGAAAGACGCUAAAGCACUCGUAGAGUUUUUUAUUCCAUUCGAGGUGAAAAUUAUUCCACCGAAAUCAGACAGGAAACAGAUUAAGAGCUCCUAAGGGUGAACAUGACCUCUGACCUGAUCUGAGACCUGGUCAGAUUCAGUCAGUAGACGCUGAUGAACAUUAAUCUUUAAUUGUGUAAAUUCUCAAAGACAGAAGUCAGUCUGAGAGACGCUGAGCAGCCUGUGAUGAACGUUAUUAAAAGUUUUUCUGUUUUAUGUUCAGUAAAGAUGUGAUGUGAAAA